AUGCAUUCAGGUCUACAUCCCGAAGACUCAUUCACAAACUUUUACAGGGUGCUAAAAAUCCGCCAGAUCAAGUACUCGGUGUUUGUUUCCUCAGUACCAUCAAAGAAUGAGCAGAUAUUAUUGGAAGCUGAGCUUCAUAUGAGAAACCUGCAUAAAGAGGGACUCUUGUUUCUGACCAAUAAAGAAUUAUGGGCAUUUGGUUUGAACGAUGAGGAAGUUCCGGUUCCUUUGGAGAAAUUCAACAUGAAAUGCAAAGAAUCAAACAUUAUACUACCCUCAAUGAUUUUUACCUCUAACAAUAAUCAUGGCAGUGAUACCAGUAACAGUCUUGAUAACAAUACCUCAAAGAAAAAUAGUGAAAAUCUUGACUAUUCUGUCGCGUUACAAUCUUCGAGCGCUGGAACAAAUGACAAUUCCAAUAGCACCGCCAAUCCCAAUGACCCGCAACUUAACCGAGACCCAAAGUAUCCCAAUUUCCUCUACAGAGUUCUUCUAAAUGCAAUCAAGAAAAAAAUAUUGUUGAACUUGUCAAUCAAAAACUGCAUUACUCCAUUUGGUGAUGCGUCUAUCAUAAAUUCUCAAAACAGACUCUCGGAUUUCUUGCUUGUUGACCCUCAAGUUGCGUUUAACGGCGAUGUUCUCAUUUCUAUUGCUACGAAGCCUUCAAAUUUAAUAAACUUGUCGAAAUACCUAUAUCUGAUAAACUCUCAAAGCAUUAAUAACAGCUACAUUAAUAAUUCAAACUUUGCUUUAUAUUUGGCUCCAUCAGGCAUCAGAGCUUACUUUGCUAACCAUAAUUUGAUGGAUUCUCUAGCUCCUACCCCAAGCAACUGCAACAACCUUUUUAUAAUGCUUCAUGUAUUGAUGGGGAUAUUAUUUAAUAAGAAAGUUAAUGAAAUCAGAUGGGUCAAAUUGAUUCCUGAUUUGCGCCAUUUGAAUGGUAUGACCCCGCAAAUAUCCAAAUAUCUUAAGCCAGUACAAAAUCAAAAAUUUGUCAUUUGGCCCUUAGACCUAUGUUAUAUUCAAAAAGGAGAACUUUUUAAUAACUCCUCCAAUAUUAAGGUUUCGGUGAACGACCCAUUUGAAUUUGUUGACGACUUUAUUGAUCUUCAGCAUGUUUCUGAAAAAGUGAGCUCCAACAUGAAUGCAUCCCAAAAAACGCAGGAUACGAAAAUUGACGCCGCCAACAUAGAAAUUGAAGAAACUAAUGCAAAGCUAAUACCUGAAGAAGAUUCUCAAGAAAUAAAAGUGGAGUAUGAUAAUGAUGAUAAUGAUGACGACGAUGAUGAUGUGAAAGUUGAAAGCAACAAAACCAUUACACCAAUAAAUGUCGAUAGCCAAGAACCUCAAGAUGAUUCUGGAAAUAGCAACAAUUGGAAUGAUCUUGAUGAGGAACUCUUUGGAGAAAAUAACGGAGUUACUGAUGCUGAUUUCAAUUUCUUUGAUGAUAGCGAUGAUGACGUAAUUGCCAAUGAAGAUGCGAUGGCUCCUGAGGAGCAAAAGCACCAUGAAGAGGUAAUGAUGAACGAAAUACGACAUAAAACCUCCCCGUCAGAGACUCGGCAAUCUGAAUUGACCAGGGAAAUCAUUAAAAGUAUCGAUGGUAAUGAAAGUGAUGCACCAAUGGCUAGGGAUGUGGAUGAAAAUGUAUUAAAUGAAAUACAUAAUAAUAAACCAGCUUUUGAUAUUCCAAAAGAUGAAAUGUGUUUGCCAUCGACACCUUAUAAUGAUCCAGGUGCCCCAUUACCGGUUACAAAUACCCCGGCGUCAACACAUCAAAGUAUUUUUUCUCCAUUGAAGUUUAAUCCUGUAAUAAGAGAGGUUGUGGAUAACAAAUAUGACAAAGGUGGGAAAUUUCACGUCCCUCAUAGCAUGAAGCCAACCUCAAAAAUCGACAUUUCCGGAGAUCACAGUGGCUCGACCAAUAUCAAUAACAAGGGCUAUCUCAAUAAAAUUUUGCCCAGUCCAUCAGUGCAAUCCGAAGAUUACUCAAUUGUGGUACAUUCUUCAGAUGAAGAUUUGACCUCUGAUAGUGAUUCUGAUAGUCAAAAAGAUGAAGACGAAGAUGAAGAUGAAGACGACGAUGAUUAUGAUUAUGAUAUGGGAGAGCUACAAGAAAGCGGUAAAGAGCAAGAAAAUGGUGAGGGUAAUGAGAAUAUAUUAAAAGGAAAUAGUCAAGACGUAAUUAAAAAUGACAAUGAUCAAGAUAAUAGUGAAGACAGUUUGAAGGAACCAAAUCCGGUUCUGACAAAACAUAGUAUUGCAGAGCUACAAGCAGAGGUAGUGGGAGCAAAAGAUUCUUUGAAUAAUGGAAGAUUUGACAUAGAAUUAGACCCUCGAGUUGACACCAAGGAUGAUUCAAGCAUUAAUUUCAAUUCCUUGGAAAAUAUUGACAAUACAAAAUUAGACACUAAUAUCAAUUAUCAAAAUAUUCGUACCCCGGAACUCCCUCAAACCAAGACGUUCCAAAAGUACAGUGAAGCACCAAAGGCACCAACGCCGUUAAGUGCUGCAGUAACCCCUAAUGAAACCACAAAUUCUCCAAAUGUUGAGCAUUCUAAUUCUUCAACACCUACCAGUGGAGUUUUGGGAUCCUCCAACAACGCUAAAGCCAAAAAGCAGGCCACCGUUAGGUAUCACGAUUUCUCUAACUGGAUUCAAUUUUCAACCAAAUGGAUUCCCCUAUAUACUAUACCAGAACGAUAUUUUCAUAAUAACCCAAUAAUUUCAGAAAAAGAUUUGAAAGUCAUUUUGCCGUUCUUGGUUAAUGCAUUGGCAUUUGAUAGAUCUAUGAUUGAGAGGAUUAUUACCAGAAGUUUAAAAUUGAAAGAAGAGCCUUUGAAGUGUCUUGAUGAUUAUAAUUCGUUGGCGGAUUUGAUACAAUCCACUACGACGGAGUCUCACAUGGAUGAUACUAUUGAUAUGAACGAUUUUGAAAACUAUUUUGAUGAACUCGAUUUCAAUGAUGAAACAUCCCUGACAGUCAAAAAAUUUACUGAGGAUCAGGAAGAUUACAAAAAUAUUGAAGAAGUCAUUAACAGUUUAUUCAGCUCUAUGAAAAAAAUCCAGUUGGUCGAAUAUGUUGGACUUGCCGAUGACUGCGAAAACAAGUAUGAUUUUAUUAACUCUUUGAUUUCCACCGAUAACAAUGAUUACGAUGAUCCCAUGAUGAACGACAAUUAUUUAGAAGAAUUUGGUAACGAAGCAUAUGCAAAAGAACUUCAGGAAUAUGUGUUCGAUAUUCCACCUCCUUUAUGCAAAGUUAGAAGAAUGAACCAGGAAAUGACGGUGGAUUUGGUUACCCUAAAGAUGUGGAAAAUAUUGUCAUUUUCACCCUUGUAUGAGAAGCACGAUAUCAGGUUAUUGUUUGUAAUCAAUGAGCCGUUUGCGGGGACAAAAAGAUCGAAAAACAUUCUAGAGAUUUCUCUGAUGAUGGUUAAUAAUAUAGCGAAAAGCUACGAAAGUUGCGGGUUGGGAUCUGCUGGAUUAGUUUCUGGACGUGAAAUUUUUGAGGAUUUUGAGCUUUCUGGAGGGUUGGUUGAGCUGCUUAGAAGUGGUUCCGACAAUUCAACUGUACAGGUUUUGACACGCAUUAAAAAUGGAGUCUUCAAUAUCAAUUACCAGGGAAACAGUGGGGACGAAUACUUUGAAACUAUGAAACAAAAGUUCGAUAUUUUGGGUAAAAUCCUUGUUCGAAUUAAUGAUCUUGAUGCUCCCAGAAUUGUCAUUUUAUUCGGUAAUACGUUUACCGAUUUGUCCGCUAUUUUAAAAACAGUUUCAGUAUUUUCCAAUUUUCACUCGCAAAUUUCGCAGAUUGACGAUAAGAAUGCUCCUUCAUUUCAAAUCCUCCCAACAAAGACUUUCCUCAAAGACAAUUUCUUCACUUUACCUUCUCAGAAUUUUUUUCACCGGCUUUCCUUAUCCUUAUACAAUAAGUAUACCGAUGAAAGUCAGGAACUUUUUUCGAAGUUAAUGGAUAGAACCCCAAGAAAGAUUAACUUCCAAUUAACCAAAGAACCAAUUGCCAACACCUUGAUGAAUGAAGAACUAUAUAUUCAUUUGGCGUACGAAAGAUCAGCAGACAAAAAUUGGUGUGUUGCUAGCUGGUCCGAUCAAUGGGGGAGAACUAGGAAAGUUAGGUCGUGGUAUGUUUACCCAAUUAGCAAUAGCAGCCUAUCAAAAAUUGGCAAUGGAGGGAAACUCAAUAGCAAGGAUAGCAUUAGAAAGACAUUUGAGCAAGUUACAAAUGAUAUGUGGCAAGAGACUGCAGAGUUUGCAAAAAAUCAUAAUGGCAAAUACUUCUUGGUGUUGACUAGGUUGAAUGGGGUUAUUAUAGACGAAGAACUCGCGCACUGGAAAAGAUUAUCGCAGGGAACCAGUGUGCAAAUCAUUUUGGUCACAGUUAACUCUAAUCCCAGGUUGAUUUUGAAAAAUUUCGGAUGUCCUUUCCCAUUCAAGAAAAUGUACUUGCAACAAACUGAUGGGUCAGGUCAUGCGAAAUCGUCGAAAAAGAAAAUGUAUCCUAAUUAUAAUUCGGAGAUAACUAAAAUUCAAAGCAACAUUGAUCACAUCAAGGACGAGGGGAGCACCAACAAAUUUGCCCCAGAAAGCAAUGGCGCGCAUGCGGCCGAAAGCCCUGAUUUCUAUCAAGGAAGUAAGUCAGUAAUUGCAAAUGAUUCACUAUUGUCUACAAAUGAGACUUUGAGUUUGAAUGAUUUAGAAAAUGGUGAGAUUAGUACACAUGAUAUUAAAAUCAUGAGUGCUAGCGAGGAAUUCUAUGGGGUUAUUUUGAAAAGUUCUAUACCCCUUUCAAAUUCUAUCAACAAGUUUGCUUUCCGCACAGGUUAUUUAAUCAAGCCUUUGAAUAACACUACUGAUGAGCGUCUUUUAACUUUUGAAGUGAACUUGCUAAGUUAUCCAAGUUACUUCACCCAUAUGAGCUUGUUGAGAGAGUUGUUGACCCAGUUUAGAAAUUUGGUGGCGGUAAACUCUUUAUUAGGAGAUUUAAGUGACGAAUAUUCUUCUAAUGACUACGGCUUCACUAAUAUUUGUGCUCCUGAUAGUGAAAUAGGCCAAAGUAGCAUCAACAAUGAGUCAUUGAUGCCAUGGCAUAUUCGGGCAGUGAAGAAAGUGAUGAAUGUUUUGGUACAUGUUAGAGUGGAAUGA